UUCCCCUCACCUCACCACCCUCCCACUCCUCCGAUCCCUCCCCUUCCUCAAACCCACCCUGUUCCUCACCCUCCUCUCUCCCACCAAAUCCAAAGGAACUGAGGCGCUACCACCCAUCUCCGAACGCCCACCAUGUGUUCGAUGGAUGGCCCCCUUCCUCUCCGGGGUGGCUACAGUUCCGAAGCGUGGUCCUACAUCACCGCUCUCCAUACCCACGUCAAAGAUCCCAAGUUUAAGCUCAAAAUAGAUCAGCACGGCGACUUAGAAUCCAUAGAUUUUUGGCUCGGCCUACCCGAAGAGUCCAAGGCCUUGGCCUACGAGCUCUACAGCACGGAGUGCGAGCUCUCUAACACUAUUGUGAUCUGCCACAGCGAGCCCGGGGCGUGGUUUCCGCCAUUGUUCCAGACCCCGCCGUGCCCGCCCACCGGGUACGGCGAGCCCAUGUUCGUCGUCGGGCGCACCAUGUUCGAGACCGACCGGGUGGCGCGCGAGCACGUGCGGCGGUGCAACGCCAUGGGCGCCGUGUGGGUCCCCACCGACUUCCACUUGGCCGCGUUCGUGCGGAGCGGCGUCGACCCCUCCAAGGUGGCGAAAAUCGUGCAACCCGUCGACGUCGACUUCUUCGACCCGUCCAAGCACGAGGCUCUCGCUCUCCCCACUAAAAAUCCCAUUUUUAGCGCCGCCGCCCCCCGAAAAACACCACCUUUGAACCCAAUGUCCACCGAAAAAGGCUUCGUCUUUCUAAGCGUAUUCAAAUGGGAGCAUCGAAAGGGAUGGGACGUGCUGCUGAGAGCCUUCUUAGAAGAGUUCUCCUACUCCGACGGCGUCGCCCUGUACCUAUUAAUAAGCGCCUACCACUCCGACGCAGACUUUAUCGGCAAAAUCACCAACUUUGUCGAGGAAAUGGGAUUGAAAGAGCCGAGUAAUGGGUGGGCGCGCGUGUACGCGAUCGAUACGCACAUACCGCAAUCGGAUCUACCGAGAUUGUACAGGGCCGCGGACGCGUUCGUGCUCCCCUCGCGCGGCGAAGGGUGGGGGAGGCCGAUCGUGGAGGCCAUGGCGAUGGGCUUGCCCGUGAUCGCGACGAACUGGUCGGGUCCCACCGAGUACUUGACGGAGGAGAACGGGUACCCGUUGCGCGUGGAGCGAAUGGGCCGAGUGAGGAACGGGCCCUUCGCGGGCCAUUUGUGGGCCGAGCCCUCAGUGGAUGGGCUGAGGCUUUUGAUGAGGCGCGUGGCGACGGACAGGGACGAGGGGCGGAGGAAGGGAGGGAGGGCGCGGGAGGAUAUGAUCCGCAGGUUCUCGCCGGAGGUCGUGGCGGGGAUUGUCGCUGAAGAAAUUGACAAGCUUUCGAAGAGUGCUAGUAGGAAGAGUUCUGUGGCUGGGAAAUGAAGGGGGUUGUUGUUUGAAAUUUUGAGGAGGUUGUAAACUUAUUAUGCUUUGUCUGA